GAAGAGCAGCAGCUCAUAUCUAAGGAUUUUCUUUGUGCUCUUUCCGAGUGCAGUUACUACUCACGUCCACGUGAGGACAUUAUAGACCGUCACAUAUUGAUGUACAAAAUGUUUCUGAACGCCCCUCCCAGAUAUAAAGGAUGAUUUUGCUCAGGUCUUUGUUACAAAGAGUCGUUGUGAGGAAGAAGACAGGGUUCUUUGUCUUCUCUAGGAGACUAUUUCAUUUUACUCGAUCUCAGAAGCGUGGACCUGUCGAGGAAUAAUGGAUGUCAUGUAUUUUUUUUAAUAAGUGCAUAACACGAUGCCGAUGCAAAGGAAACGCGGAGCUUGUGGAUAUUAUUUGCUCGUUUGUAUUUUGGAUUGCUGCUGGAAGCUGGUAUGUGGGCAGCUCUCUUAUUCUAUUUCGGAGGAGGUAAGUCCAGGGACCUCUGUGGGAAAUCUCGCCAAAGAUCUGAACAUAAACGUGCAGGAUUUAGAAGCGCGGAUGUUUCAGCUCGUUAGCGGAUCAAAGAGACAAUAUUUCGACACAAAUCUGAAAACAGGAAGUAUUUAUGUCAGUGAACGAAUCGAUCGAGAGGAGCUUUGUGCAAAGGCUACAAAAUGCACUGUUAAUGUCGAGGCCGUGAUGAACAGCCCGCUAAAGCUGUACCGUUUGGAAAUAAUUAUCCUUGAUGUAAAUGAUAACGCCCCAUUUUUUCCUGAAAAAUUACAGACUAUUAAUAUAGCAGAAAGUAUUUCACCAGGGGGGAAAUUUGGUAUUAUAGGAGCGUUGGAUCUGGAUGUCGGGAAGAAUGGUGUUAGCACAUACAAGCUGAGUCCAAAUGAUUACUUUUCUAUAGACAUCCACAAAGGAAGAGACAGUGUGUCUGCUGAGCUUGUGCUCCAAAAGGCUUUAGACCGGGAAAAACAACCCAUCAUUAGGCUCACACUGACUGCAGUUGAUGGUGGAAACCCGCCAAAGUCAGGUACAUCACAAAUUAUAAUAAAUGUUUUAGACAUAAAUGACAACGCUCCGGUUUUUAGUAAUUCUUUAUACAAAGCCAGCAUAACUGAGAAUCUAUCUGUGGGGCACACAGUCAUUGUUUUAACUGCAGUAGACGCAGAUAACGGAAUAAAUGCAGAAGUAGAAUAUUCUUUAAGAGGAAAAGGCCAAGAUCUCAUUUUAGAUCUGUUUCAGAUUGACUCGCUAACAGGAGCGAUUAUGAUUAAAGGUAACAUCGAUUAUGAAGAGAAUCCUGCGUUUGAGAUCCACGCUCAGGCCAGUGACAAAGGACAGCCUCCAAUGUCCGCUCACUGUAAAGUUUUAGUAGAGGUGGUUGAUUUGAAUGAUAACGCCCCUGAGAUCACCGUGACGUCACUACUAAACACGGUGAAAGAGGACGCACCUGUAGGAACAGCUGUAGCCCUUGUGUCGGUGCUGGACAAAGAUGGAGGCAGAAACGGAGCAGUGACGGCUGUUAUUGUAAAUGAAAGCCCGUUUAAACUGGAAACCAAUUAUAAAAAUUAUUACUCGUUAGUGGUUAAUGGGCCGCUUGAUAGAGAGAAUGUGUCUGAAUACAAUGUUACUAUAAUGGCAUCUGAUGAAGGGACUCCAUCUUUCUUCAGCUCAAACACAUUUAAUGUUCAGGUUUCUGACGUGAAUGACAACCCGCCCCGAUUCCCGGAACCAGUAAUUAAUGUUUAUGUAAGAGAAAACAGUCCAGUAGGUGCGGUUAUUAAAACUGUGUCUGCUGUUGAUGCUGAUGUUGGGAACAACUGUCAGGUCAGCUUCUCGUUUUUACAAAGUGAGAAAACAGCUUCAUCAUCUCUGGUGAGCAUCAACUCAGAGACUGGAGACAUCAUCAACCUGCAGACUUUUAACUACGAGGAGCUAAAAACAUUUCAGUUUAAAGUUCAGGCCACAGACUCUGGUGUUCCUCCACUCAGCAGCAACGUGACUGUUAACGUUUUAAUCCUGGAUGAAAAUGACAACAAUCCAACAAUUCUGGCUCCUUAUUCUGAGCUGGGUUCUGUUAACAGUGAGACCAUCCCCUAUUCUGCUGAAGCAGGGUACUUUGUAGCAAAGAUCAGGGCUGUGGACGCAGAUUCUGGAUACAAUGCGCUGCUUUCUUAUCACCUGACGGAGCCCAAAGGAAACAACCUGUUCAGGAUCGGAACCAGCACCGGGGAGAUCAGGACUAAGAGGAGGAUGAGCGACAACGACCUGAAGAGUCACCCCUUGGUGGUGCUGGUUUCUGAUAACGGAGAGCCUUCUCUGUCAGCUACUGUGUCUAUUGAUGUGGUGGUGGUUGAAAGCACAGCUGACAUCCAGACUCAGUUCAGAAACGUGCCUCUAAAGGAGGACAGCUUCUCGGAUCUGAACCUGUAUCUGUUGAUCGCCAUCGUGUCGGUGUCGGUCGUCUUUCUGCUGAGUCUGAUGAGUCUAAUAGCUGUCAGAUGCCACAGGACAGACGGUGGUUUCAGCAGGUACAGCGCCCCGAUGAUCACCACCCACCCUGACGGGAGCUGGUCUUACUCUAAAGCUACUCAGCAGUAUGACGUGUGUUUCAGCUCAGACACACUGAAGAGUGACGUAGUGGUUUUCCCCGCCCCGUUCCCACCUGUAGAUGCUGAACUGAUCAGUAUUAAUGGAGGAGACACUUUUACCAGAACUCAGACCUUACCUAGCAAAGACAAGGUAAGAAUACGUUUUGCUUUAUAAGUUUUGGACAUGUGGGGAAAAAAAUAAGCAUAGCAUUCUUUCUCCUUUUCUGAGAAGACUUAUUAAAAUUCCUUUAUCAAAAGUGUAAUUUUGACGUGAGCAUAACAAAAUGAUGCGGCAUUCUUCUAAAAGUGUUAACAUUAUC